AUGCAAAAUAAGUUAGUGAAACCAUAAGAGAUAAUAAGAGAAGCAGAAUAUUAAAAGCUUUUAUAUUUAGAUUUAAAAAGCUAAAAUAUACUAGGAAUUAAUGAUAAAAAUACUAUUAUAAAUGGAGCUAUUGUAACGAUUGCUAUUUUUUAGUAAAUUAUAGGAUAAAAAGAUUUAGCAUUGUUCGAUAAAAAACAAUCAAGAGAGAAGUUAGAGUCUGUAAUAGGGCUAUAAAAGCUUUGCUGGAAACUAAAAACUUUGAUCCAAGAUUAAGUUCCAUAAAAUUAUGAGGAUAUGUUGAUAAUUUGA